CGACACACGUGCGUAAAAUGCAUGCGUGACUAAAAGGAGGGAAAAGCAAAAUACAACACAAAGUAAAGAACACAGGAGGUAGAGGGAACCAACAAAAGGAAGUAAAGAAGAGCCAAAAGAAGAAGUCGAGGCACUAGAAUAAGAAUAAGAAUAAGAAUAUGAAGGAGGAGGAGGAGGAGGAGGAGGAGGAGUAAAAUGAGAAUAAAAAAAUGAGGGAUUCCGUUCUCUUCCUCGCGCCUUCCUUCUCGCUUUAACUUCUUCCCCGGGUCCUGACUUUAUCUUAUAGCGUCUCCUCGUCCCCUCCGAGAGUCCUCGUCCCUCCCCACAUGGCUUUGUCCGCGGCACCGUCGUCUUGGCUCUCCCUCCUCGUGUAGUUCUUCCUCCCCUAUCUUUUCAAAAAUAUAACGUGUCCUGAGACUUUUUAGGAUCAGUACGAUCGCAGACGCUUGGGGAGGCGGUAAUCCCGCUUCACCCGCGUUCGACGCGCCUUCCUUUAUUUUAUCACACAUCACCUUUCGUAGUUUACACCAUUUAUCACCACCUCUGCCAUCACUGUUGUCAAUAUCAUUAUUACCAUUAUUAUUAAUAUUAUUUAUAUAGUACAUAUUUUUAACCUGUAAUACUGUUAUUGUUAUUAAUAGUUUCCCUUUCUUCCCGCCUGUACAAUAAAUAAAAGUCCGCCUGUCACCCAAUUGCACAGUUUUUCUUACGACUCAAUCAAGUCUACAUGUGUGUCGUGUCUAAUUGCCACUACUCUCCACUGGGAGAUACGAUAUCUUGGACACACGGUUUACUGCGCUUGACCUUCUCAUUAAAUCACAGAAAAAUCAACAUGAUGGUAUUACUUGAAAUAAUUACUGGUGUUCUGGCGGCAAUUUGGGAGUUUGCCAUGAGCUACCUGCUCUAUUGGGUAUUUUCUAAAGGGAAGAUUCCCGGGCCGCUUUCAGUCCCGGUUCUCGGGACCAGGUGGAUUUUUUGGUGGUUCGGCGGCUAUCAGAUAGACAAAGUCCACGAUGCAUACAAAGACCUGAAUCGAAGGUACGGUCCAGUGUGCAAGGAGGAAGCGCUCUGGAAUCAUCCAGUUAUAUCAGUAUUUUCACGGAAUGACAUUGAGAUGGUGAUGCGACGGAGCUCGCGAUUUCCUCUGCGUCCACCUCAGGAGGUCAUAUCAUCUUACCGACGGUCCCGCCAAGAUCGUUAUACCAAUCUCGGCCUUGUCAACGAGCAAGGAGAGACAUGGCACAAAUUGCGCGAAGCUCUUACGCCAGAGCUCAUGGGAGCCAGCACAGUCCUCGGAUUUUUUCCUGCCCUCAAUCAAGUCUCCGACGAACUUAUUCAACUUAUAAAGCAUCUUAGGACCGGAAGCACUAUCAGCUCCUUCGAAGAUAUCGCUUACAAAGUUGGUCUUGAAAGUACGUGUACGUUAAUUCUCGGAAGGCAUUUAGGAUUUUUAAAGCCCAAUUCUUGUUCUCUGACCUCGAGAUUGGCCAAAGCCGUGAGAAUCCAUUUUACUGCUUCUCGCGAUGCAUUUUACGGAUUGCCGCUUUGGAAAAUAUUACCCACUACCGCUUACAGACAAUUAAUAGAAAGCGAGGAUGAAAUUUACAGUAUAAUAUCUGAACUACUGGACACAACAAUACGGGAGCAGAAUGAAAAUGCCCGAGACGAGCCAGUGGAAGCUGUUUUUCAGUCUAUUUUAAAAGAUAAAAAUUUAAAUAUCAAAGACAAAAGAGCCGCUAUAAUAGAUUUCAUAGCCGCUGGAAUUCACACGCUAGGCAAUACUCUAGUAUUUAUUUUCCACUUAAUUGGAAGCAACUCAAAGGUCCAGCAGGAGCUUUACGAAGAAGUUAUAAACCUGGCUCCAGCGGGCUGCAAUAUCGCGGCUGAAGAUCUCAGCACUGCUAAAUAUUUACGUGCAUGUAUCACUGAAGCCUUUCGGGUAAUCCCCACGACACCUUGUGUCGCAAGAAUUUUAGACGAACCAAUUAACCUGUCUGGCUACAAAGUAGACGCGGGUUCUGUUGUCCUUUUGCACACGUGGAUAGCAGGUUUGGAGGACUCCAACUUCAAGAAUGCCAAGGAGUGGGUGCCCGAGAGAUGGCUCAAGCCGACUGCACCCCAUAGUCCGCUUCUGGUGGCUCCUUUUGGAUUCGGACGUAGAAUUUGCCCGGGGAAGCGAUUCGUCGAGAAAGCGCUGCAGCUUAUCGUCGCUAAAGUCGUACGCGAAUACGAAAUAGUCGCUAAAGAUGAGUUGCAACUGCAAUUCGAGUACAUUCUCGCUCCCAAGGGACCCGUUUCCCUGCACUUCAAAGACCGCCAAAAUGACCUGUAAUUACUGACAGACUGCACCGAUAUUUUUAGUUAUUAAUAACUCAUUUCAUUACUUUUCUUUUUAUCUGGACAUUAUCGUUAGCUAUGUACAUUUUUUUAUAGAAAUUUUCAAAAGGUACUCGCAUUAUUUCAUUUAGAUAACUAUUUAUUGUUAAUCAACUCCAUUGUUGUUGUAUUUACAUUUUCACACUCGCCAAUAAAUCAUUUAAAUAAAUUAAAUCAUUGCAUGUAUAGACACUCCAUAAGCUAGAGAUUUAUUGACAUUUUAAAUCUUUAUCGCAUUUAAUGCGCAGAGAAAAAAUUAUGGGAUCCACUUCCAUGGAAACUGAGAAAAGUUCAAAUUAUUUUCAAAAUUUUGUACAUUUUCCCAGAGCGGACCCUUUUACGACCGUAAAAAUAAAUUUUGUGAUUCUUACCUUAGACUGGAAAUUUUUUGAAAAUGUUUAAAACAAAAAUUACUCGAAAUUGUACAGUAAAAAAAUCUAGAUUGCAUUUAAAUUUUUACCAUGUGCUAAGUAAUUAUGGUACUUAAUAUACAUGUAAUUGCGCAGUAAAUUUUGUAAAGGAUUUGGUGAAAAAUUCCCGCUUACUAACUAGCGGCUUCAAUUUUUAAAUUUAGCAAAAUUCGAAUUUUCAUGAGGAAACUCAUACGAAAAAAAUAUAUAUCCGGGCAAAUCUGCAUAUAUGAGACAUAUUUAUAUAUAUAUUGCAUAUAUGCGACAUAUUCCAGAUUUGCCUGGAUAUAUAUUUUUUUCGUAUAGGAAUUUUUUUUCCUGCACUAAAAAAAAGAAAUAAUUUAUUCGAACAAAUUUUUUUGAUAGUAAAAUUUACUUACAACUACAAUUUAUUUUUUUUUAUAAAACGAAUUCGAAAGUAGAAAUCGGCUCUUACUGAAUUAAAAAAUUGGGCAGAUCCAAACUUUCAAUAUUUUUUUUAUAAAAAAUUCUCUACAUGUCACUAGCAUAUAAAUUAUAUAUAAAUGAUUCCCAUAUGAAUAAAAAAACAAUUUCAUAAAAUAAUGAUAAGUUCCUACAACACAAUGGGAAUUUAUAUAACAAAUAUAUAACAAACAUAUCUUGUUCUCAUAUAUUGAGAAGCUGCUUCUCAUAAACAGUAACAGAAAUUCCUCUAAUUAUUUCUCUGCGCAGACCAAAAUCACAUAAAACGAAUAAUGCACAAUAGUUAGAUAAAUAAGAUACAUACAUAUAUAUAUAUUGGCGAGUCAUAAAUAUAUAAAGAAUUUAUUCACAAAUUGCCUAAUAAUGUAAUAAUGUUAUUAUUGUUGCUCAAGUGGUUAAAGACUGAAAUCAAUCCUUUUUGUAAAUGUAAAUCCAUUUUGUCUCAUCAAAAAAAUUAAUUUAUUAACUAACCGAUCGAUUUAUCGAUUAGUAAACUGAUAAAUUAAUUAAUUAAUUAGUCAUGCGCUCGUGCAUCACCGACUCGUAGAAGGUAUUUAAUAGAUAAUAAUUGUUUCAUUGUCAGUAUAAAAAAUUACAUGUCCAAAAACAUGUACACUAAACAAUGAUCUUCAAAAUAUGUAUUUACGUUUAAAGUAAAUAUGUACUAGUACCUUAUCUGCUAAAAUAUAUGUACUCAUAGAUAAUAUUAAAGUAAAUUUUUGUAAAUACGAAAAUUUAUGUACAUACAUCAAUAUUUGUACAACAUAAAGGAUUAUAUAUAUAUAUAUAUAUGUAUUAGAGGUGUGCGAAUCGCGUUCGAAUCGAAUAAUUUGAAAGUUUUCGAAUUAUUCAAAAGUUUUAAAAUUAUUUGUAAUUUUAAAAAUUUCUCGAUUCGAAUCAGAUUUCAAUUAUUCAAUUUUUAAUUAAGGGGGGAAAGGGGUCUGAGACACAAAAAAAAGAAUUAAAAUUCUCAAAAUUUGUGACAUUAUCAAUUAUCAUUCCAAGAAUAUUCUGCUAAAUUUUCAUUAAAAAAUAUUGAAAAAUAAGCCAGUGGUAGUGGGGAGAGACGAGUCACCUUAAAAAAAAGUCUUCAUGCGGUAGGCAGGAUAACUCAUGACUGCCUCAUCUGAACUGAAAAAACCAAAAAGAUUUCUGUAAUACAUAAGUUUAUCUUGGAUUUGAACGAAGGAAUAAACAAAAUAUUCAUUUUUGAAUUUUUGGUAAAGGCACAAUCGAAAAACUCUGAUUUUUGCCAAAAAUUCUUCUUUUUGUUUAAUUAAAAAAUAAGUAGUUAUUGAAAAAAAAAUCCUUCGUUCAAAUCCAAGAUAAACUUAUGUACUAAAGAAAUCUCUUUAGUUUUUUUAUUUCAGAUGAGCAGUCAUGAGUUAUGCUGCCUACGGCAUAGAGACUUUUUUCCGGUGACUCGUCUCUCCCCACUACCACUGGCUUAUUUUUCAAUAUUUUUUUAUGAAAAUUUAGCAGGACAUUCUUGGAAUGAUGUUUAACGAUGUCACAAAUUUUGAGAAUUUUAAUACAGAGGGUACUCUAAAAAAAAAAAUCACAAAAAUAUCCUCUUUUUUUUGUAUCUCAACCCUGCGUCCCCCUUAACUUUUAAAGAAACUGUAAAAAUAAUUUUUCGUAAAUUCGUAUCUGCGAUCUAUUUACCUUUGAUUCAAAUUUCCAUUAUUGGAAAAAAAAUUACAAUGUCAAGUCGUUAAAAAUAAAAUUUUGUAAUCAUUCGUAUACUUUUUAAUAAUUCGAGAAUUUACAAAUACUUUGAAAACUUUCAAAAAAUUUGAAUUAUCCCAAUCGAAUAGUUCGAUUCGAUUCGAUACAAAUAAUUCGUAUAAGUUCAAAUUAUUCGCACACCCCCAAUAAACAUAUAUAUGUUACAAAUGUAAUGUAAAGUGUUUUAAAAAUAAAAAACACUUGAUUUAAAAUAAAAAUAAUAAA